GUUCGAUGGCGAAAGGGUAAGAGAGGCUACGUCCUGAGUUUUGGUUGGGUCUUCUUAACCAAGCGGUCCAAACGGGAGCUCCAUCGAGGAGAGUUUUGCUUGUGUCCCUUCUUGAAGCCUUGAGGGGGCUCCGUUUUACUGGUGAGUCGAAUACUAAAAUAGGAGGGCGGAUAAAAGACCUUGAUGUGGUAGCUUCACGGACCGCCUUCUGGGCUUCUGAGCGGCUACAGUACGCUGUCUCGUAAUGAGGGUGAAAGAGGUGGGAAGUUUGAUGUAGUUGCCAGCGACGUGCCCUCGCGCUCGAAACUUAAGCGCCUAGCGGGUGACGUGAUUUCACCUGAAAGACUAUUAGGUUACAGAGCUUCUUGGCAACCCAGAAGAUGCACGCCAAAACCAACCAAAGCUUCUCUGGCUGCCUUGAAGCCUCCUUCCCACAUGUGGGCGCUCUUAAAGGGAACAAAAUUUGGUACUCUAUCCAUACUACCCAGGCCAUGUACUUACCACCCAUACAAAUCGGAAGAGUAGCACAGCGGUAGAGCGACGAAUAAAAAGUACCCCCAGACACCAAUCGCUACCCCGCGCCCCAAGAGCGAUUCGCCAGCGUCAGACCUGCGACUGUCUCAUACUUGCGCCUCUUGCGAGCCGUUUCAAUAGGCGCCCACGGAUCCUGUGAUGUGCGGUUUCGCUUUGGCAACUAUAUGAAUUGUCCGCAUGGAUGCAUGAGGCCUCAGCCGAGAUAUUCUGUCUUUUCCAUCUUGUCCUGACUCUACAGUAAGCCGUCAUGGCAGAGCCGAUAGGCCUGGCUUCCGGGCUUCUUGCUCUGGCUUCGUUCGCCUUCCAAUCCAGUCUCACUCUCUACAAUACUCUUCGCAGCUUUCAAUCGCACCCGAAACGAGUCCGCGAUCUCCUAGAAGAACUGGAGACGUUGAGCGGCGUCUUAAGCCCGCUAAAUGAGACAAUCAGUGCCACGACCGACGAGGCACUUUCAGCACUCGACCUCCCUCUCCUACGAUGCGGCAAUUCGUGCAAAGAGUUUGAGCAGGAAAUCAUAAAAUGUACUUCUCGAUCGGUGGGCAGACGGACAAGCUUUCGUGACUGGGCCAAGUUAAAAUACAUGGGGGAAGAUAUCGAUGGUUUCAGACGGCUGCUUGCUGGUUACAAGUUAACCAUUAGUAUUGCCCUUACGGAUGCAAACUUACGUAAAUCCGCCGUUACAGCCGAAGCUCUCGAAGGUUACCAGGACCUGAUCAAGACCACCACUGCUGACCUCGAGGCACAUCUCGCAAGUAUUGACGAGAAGCUCGAGGCUGCGUUUGAACAUGCUAUGCCAGAGUCCGACGCAGACGCAGCAGAAAAGCAACUCAUAAAGGACGAACAAUUAAGCACCAGAAGAUGCCUCCAAAUUUGCGCACGAUUAUCAGAGCAUAUCAAUCAAAUUCAGCUUACCCCCCGAGACAGUGCAUCCGGUAUAGCCGAAUCAGAUACAUUUCCUGAACAGGUUACCAAUCAAGGCCUACAGGAAUGCAAGAACAGUCUUUAUAAAACGGCGGCGAAGCUGGAGACGCAUCUUCAUGAUCUCAUGGACCGCAUGGUCUCAAAGUCCAAGACGGCGGGUAUAUCUGCGGAGGACCUUACUGAUCUCACAAGGCUGCGGGAGGAGUGGGAGACCACACGCCAGUGUAUGGAGAUCUGCUCUCAGGCAGAUCACCACCUUAAGGAAAACAUCAGCACCAUCGAUAACUACGCAACAGGUGAUGCCAUACAAUCUAUGGUCUCAACUGACGGGAAUAUCAUUCACGGGAGAAAUCGCGGUCUUGGUUGGAGAACAAGGCAGGUUGGAGGCCACCUCAAUGAUAUCUCACUCCAGCAGUUAUCGCGGGACAUGGCAAGCAUAAACGAGCGACACAUCCAAAGUAAUUUGUCGACUUCGCAAAGUGAUAUGUCGUCAGCUUCAGAUGAUGCGGUAGGGCACGCAACGGUUUCGGAUUUUCGAGAACGAUAUGGGCAAGGUUUCAAGCUAACGUCAAGGUCCACACCGACUAUUUCCGGUACAGGAAGUGGACGGUAGACCGACAAGACAUGUGGAUAAGUAGAUAACCAAUCCUCAAUCUCAGAAGGCUGCUCAACGUGCCGAAGAUGGUGAUUAGGGCUGCUCAAAUGAUGCUGAAAACGGGGGUUCUUGAACAGUUUAGGCAGGUCAAUCCUGCAAUGUUCGCAUCCAACGCCUAGCAAUGAAUUCGUAAGAAACUAAUGAACCUACACCACAGUAUACAGUAUCACAGCACUGCGCUUGGGAGAGAAGAUCGCAGUGAACUAGACUAAUGGGAUCCAGAUUAGGCACCAACGCCCAAACGAUCAUGCUCGGAAUAAUCCACGUCGACGACAUGCCGGGGCCUAAGAGGCAACUGCACACCCAACACGAGUCGACAAAAGUUACGAUUGAUGUUGUCGAGGUUAAGUUCGUCAUCGAGAGCAUAGGCAUCUGGUCGAAUCCAUUGGGCACCGGGUCCAAAAAUGACUCCUGAGAGCAGUGCGAUCACUUUGAAGACGUAAACAUUUUUUCGGUCCAAAGCAGGUCAAAACAUCUUAGCUUACAGGCUUCAGAUAGAUCAAAUCGUUCCUUGGCGAGGUAUGCGACCAGACCAAAGAGAGCAAUGAAUCCUCCAAUGACCGCGCAAACGAUAUUGAAGUUGCUGAUAUCCAACAUCGACAUGUCUACAACCAGGGAGAACGAAUGACAGUGGUGAGCAGUUCGGAAAUGACUCGAGAAUUAUGAAGACGCGUCAUGAGCAGAACUGUGUGUGAAAUAUGUGCGAUGGAUGGCCAAUAACUUAGAUUUGCCAAGAGCUACAUCGGAUAUGAUACCUCAGUAGCACCCUUCGGAAUCCUCCCUCUGGCGAUUCUCGGGCAGCGAGAUUGGCCAUGAUAUCAGGCAGCUUUAUAACUCCUUGGCACAAUAAUUGGCGAACAGAAUUCUCGUGUGCUCGCCGCUGCGGAAAGUUGCACACCCCCGCCACGCCAUGGUCUUGGAAACGGACCCUGUUUUCGUGGUCCAGCUCAUGGGAUCUUUACAGUAUUCCCGAACUCCGCUUCGUGGGGCUUUGCUACGGCCCUCAGAGAUGUGUCCAAGUAAAUCUGUAAGACAAUAUACAGAUUCUUAGU